AAAGCAUCUAGAGCGUCUUCCCGAUGCAGCGUUUCUAUCAAUUAAUCAAGGAAAAAAUUUGUACUUCUCAUAAAUUUCACAAGUUGAAAUAUGUUAAGCAAGAUGAUAUCCCAACAAGAUCAAAAAUUCAACAACUUCUGGGUACUUCGUUGGCACAAAUUCUCUUCGACUAUAGUCAUCAUGAGAUGAUAAAAAUGUUAGACCCGACACGGUUACAACAAUCAUGUUACAAAGUACAGAAUGAUCAAUUAAAAAGGGAUAUCAUUCAAAUGAUCUCAGAAAAACAGGACAUUCUUAAAUCUAAUAUACAUUAUGACAUUUUAGCAUUGGGCGAAGAAGAAUUGAAAAAAUUUCAAACAGAAAUUGAAGCGUUGACACAAAGCAAACUGAGGAAUGAGUUUGCUGAGAUAUGUUGUAUGCUUGAAGCUGAAAAAAGAUUUGCCAUUAGAUGCAACGCGGAUGAGAUUCAUGGUAGAUACGAAGAGUAUUUCAAGUCCACUCAACAGGAAUUGGAAGAACAAUUACAAAUUGAGUCGGCAGAUGUGAAUGCUAAACAUAAGAAAGAAUUGCAGAAAAUUGCUGUAAAAACACGAAUAGAUACAACGCACGAUGUGCUAAAAAAGUUGCGGCCCCAGAUAUAUUAUAUUAUAAAGUCUCUUUAUGAUGAUCUUGAAUUAUCUUAUCAUGCACAGAGAGAAAAAAUAAUUGCUGACUUCAAUAAAAUCAUGAGAAAACAACAACACAAAUUGGAUAUGAGAAUUAAAGACAUAGAAAAGAAGAAAAUGCAAGAAUUGCAUAUUCAACAUUAUGAACUUAAAAUACAAAAUGUAAUGAAUAUUAUUUAUGUUCUUUGCAUGGAAAGAUUACGUAGUAGUUUUCAAAUGCAUGCAGUACAUAAACAUUGUGAGGAAAAAGUAAAAUCCUUGUAUGAACUUAUUGCUAAACAAGAUGAUACUAUAAAAACAAUGAAGAAAAGAAUUACAAAAUACCACGACAAGAAUAUAAUGCUCCAAGAGAAAAUUAUUGCUAUUACUAAAGAAUAUCAAAAAUUUAUAAAUUUUGCAUUUGAUGCCAUGCCAGAACAUGCUGACUUUUUAUUGCCAUUAGACUUAUUUUCUAUAAAUAAAAAAGAUAGUAAGCGAGAAAAAAGAUAG